AUGAAAAGCUCGAUUGCAUUCGUCGCACUUUUUGCGUUCGCCGUCGUCCAGUCCAGUCCGGUGCCCGAUAAGAAUGCUGAGACGCUGCGGUACGAUAACGCUCACAAUGGCAUCGAUGGCUACAGUUACGCGGUGGAGACCAGCAACGGCAUCAAACAGGAGGAGCAAGCUGAACUGAGGAGCUUUGGGGACGAAAAUGCGGCUAUUGUGGUGCGUGGAUCGUACUCCUUUGUGGCCGAUGACGGUCAAGUUUACGUUGUGAACUAUGUUGCCGAUGAAAAUGGAUUCCAGCCGGAAGCACCUCAUCUGCCUAGAGCUUGA